AUGGCUUUACGCUCAAAACUUUUCCUACCGCUGCGUGGACGCGUCAUCACUCGACCUUUCUCGGUCUCCCGUCCCCGUUGGGAGGCUGCGCCUUUACCUGCAAGAAAGCCCGUGGGUGCUUUCCGUGGAGGCGUCUUCGGAUUCCUGUCCGGUGGGGUUGUUGCCGGCGCGUCCGUUUACUACUAUAUCUUGGGUGAUUAUCGCAUGGCAAAUGAAAUGCUGAAUGAUGAUAUCAUAGUCUUUGUCAUACAGGCGCUUCAGUCAGCUACCAUGAAGCUUCAGAAAUACAUCACCGAGCUGGAGAACAAGUUCAACCAACUGCAGAAGAAAUGA